AUGGACAGCAGUCAAAAGAUUAGCCUCAUAUAUAAAAGGAAGAUAGGGGGAGAUGGAAACACUCUGCCGUUUUUAGGAUACUUUGAGGCAAUGAAUCUCGGACUUGGAGGCAAGCAUUUAGAAGUUUGUCUAGAAAUCACAAAGCAUGCCUCCAAAAAGAAAGGCGGCACGAAAUCAUGCCACAAUACCUUCCGGCCUCGGAUGGCAGCAAACACCAAUGGCGAUGAUAUAACUGCUCCUGGUGUGCCACAGCCAGUCAAUCCCCAGGGCAGACUCAUACCGGAAGCUGAUGUAGAACAGCUGAUACAGAGGGCUGUACAGCAAGGGGUUGAAUGCCACAAACGGACGAAGCCAAAGUUAGCAAGUAAGGGUGCAGAUUGGCAGUUUUAUGACUGCUCCUUUAGACGAUUACAGGCCACAAAUGGGGAUCAGGGCUGGGAAAGGGUCGAAUUGGAGCUAUGGCACGAAGCCAUUAUACGCAAAAUUACUUUGGACUGGUUUUGUGAAACAGAUGGUGAAGUCAUAUGUGCUAAAUGUGUUUCCACUACUCACAGGGGACAUUACUGUAUUCAACUCAGUGAGAUUACCCCACAGCACAAACAGAAAAUAAGAGAAUUCAUUGGAGAUACUGAGCGUAAUAAAAUUACUAAAAUUCAAGAGGAAAUCAACACUACUGAAGAAAAUUUGAGAAAACAUUUGAGCCAUUUUGACAGCAUAGCAUCGGAAGUGCAGAAACAAGGAGAAAAACUAAAGGAAGAACUUGAUCUUUUAACAGCUCAAACACUUUCCCGGCUGAAGCAUCUCGAAGAAGAAAAUUCCAAACUUCUUAAAGGCUACCAGAAUGAACUCGAGAAAAAACUUGAAGAACUCAAAAAUCAGCUGAAAGAGUGCAAGGAAUCUCUCCAGAAUGGAACAGAUAUCCAAGUAUUUGAAAUUGCUAGCCGACUUACUUCCAAAUUGAAGUUACCUAGCUAUCCUCACGUAUGUGUUGUGAAAUUCAGGCCAACAGCGCAACCAAAGCGUAUACUGGAGCAGGCAUUAGGAACAUUAACAUCGUUUUCACCUGGCCAGUCUCAUGGCUACCAGAAACCUAAAAACUUAUUGGAUGAUUACGAAUCAUGUCUACGCUCAACAAGAAGGUUAUCAGAUACCAGUGAGACAUUCAGCAGACCGGUAGCGCAGACAAGUCUACUGCCAACGACGAAAGUUCUAUUAGAAUUGAAGUCUUUCUCGGACGUCUGUUCAAUAUGCCCAGAUAAUGAUAGUGGGCUGUGGACCUGUGGUGGUGAUGACAGCGUUGUGACCUAUCAACUGUCUACCGGAGAUGCAUCGCUUAAACAGGGAUGUCCUGUUAAGGUUACAGAUAUAUGCACCUCUCCGAGUACUCGUAGUCUUUGGGUGUGCUCCAUGACAGAUAAAAGUGUCUUGGAGAUGGUAUCUGAUGAAUUAAUCCGAAGAUUCAACACCGUGGAUGCCCCUAUUUCCAUAUGCAUUGCAGGCACUGCUAGUGGAGACCAUGUCCUGGUAGGGAUGUCAUGCAAAAUCACCAAAUUCAGUACAAAGGGGUUCGCUCGUUCCAGUACCAUAUCAAACAAUGGGAAGCCUUCGGUGAUUACACCCAAGAGAAUCUCGUCCUGUCCUGACAGCGAUCAAAUUGCUGUAGCAGACAGAGAUUCGUUAAGAGAUGGAGGUAGGGGAAAGCCACAUAUCACAGUUCUGGACCAAAACUUACAGGAACUAUAUCAGUAUGGACAAGACAAAGACAAAAGCAGGGCCGGAAAAAAGUCGUUUGACCCGUGGGAUUUGAAAUACGACAGUGAGGGACGUCUUAUCAUUAGUGACUCGAACAAUCAUUGCCUUCAUGCCCUGAGUCCCAACGGACAAUACCUUCGGCUGCUAUACACAGACACAUAUUCGGUUAAGGCUAUCGGUAUCGAGGUAAAUAAGAAUCUGUGGGCCGUGUUUGGUGACUUUGGUAAUCAAACCAUCAAAUGUCUACAAUACACUUAAGGAGUCAAGAAACAGUUUUAUUGAACUGUAAGACAUGGGUUGUUGUUGAGGGCGACCCGUCACUAGCUCAGUGCAUUUCGCUUAAACCCAAUGGUACGAUGAUGUUCGCCUUGUAUUUUUCUUGCAUGGCAUUUUUCAUUACUUCUUCCUAUUUCAAUAAUACCGAUUCUUUUUUCCUAUGUACAAUUCACACGCAAACUUAUUAAGCUAUAGUUUGGCAAUAGGAAACAAAGAUAAAAAAACAAAAAAAAAAAAAACAGAAAACAACAACAAACAAUAAAAAACAACAACAAAAAACAAAAAAACAACAACAAAAAACGAUCGAACUGGUGCCAUGUUGCUUUAGAGUUUUCCUGACCUCCAUCAAAAUCAGCAUGAUGGAUAUCAUGGAAAAACCCAUAACGCUGAUACAAAGAAAAGGAUUAUUCACUUUAUUUAUUGUUUUGCAAGAUAGAGCAUAAUUGUUUAUGUUGAUACUAAAUACAAUAUAAAGAUGUACCCUUCCUUGUAUAACUUAGACUGUGGUAUAUAAUUUACACGAAAAUCUGGAAAACAAACCUUAAAUUAGUUCAAGUCGGCCAUUGCUGGUGACAAACGGUGUAAUGGUGGCCCCAAAAAAAUGUUUGUCUUUUUGAUUAAUUUGCCAAAAAUCACAAAAAAAAAACCAAAAAAUAAAUAAAUUAAAGAAUAAAAUAGAUAAAAAUAUAUGUUUAGAUUGGUUUUAUUGGCCGCGAUCUGUAUUUAUAGAUUCUAUAUAUAAGGCUGCUUAUGGAGUUCCGGACUGUCCAGAAUCUUCGUACUUGUAGAAUCACUGAUGGUUCCAAAAAGAGGAAACAAUUGUGUGAUGUUAUUUAACAUUUCAUAUGCGGCAUACGCUGUGUUAUAUGUUGCUGCAAUGUAAAUCUAUUCAUGUUUAACAUGUACUGUAAACAGAAUUAUUUUAGUGCAUAACCGUAUCCAAUCAGAUCACCGCAUUGAUGAAUUGAGGCACGAGCUAUACUUUGAUAACAGUAUACGGAAAAUGCAAGUAGUGAAUUAUAAUUUAGUGGAAAAAUUCUGUCGGCGCAAAAAGAACUAAAAUAAGAACACCGCUAAAUUACGCAUGUUUACAGUACAUGUAGCCUAUAUGGUAUGAAUGUUCACAUUCUGUGCCCCCCCAUUAACACGUGAUUUCUAACCGAAUGCUAUAGCAACAACAGGUAUCUAUACUCUAAUCAAAGGAAGAAAUAAAUUAUUCAAAUAAUCAA